CUGUAUUUUGGUCAAUGCCACUCAUCCUAAUAUUUAGAUAUUUCUUGAAUCCAUUCUUUUACUUUUAGAUUUGUGUGUAUUAUUGUGAAUUGUUAGUUUAUUACUGUACUGGUGGAGCUAGGACCACAAGCAUUUCACUACACCUGCAAUUUGAACUUUAUUCAACAGGAUACUAGUUCCAUGGAAAACCAUUUACUAGGUAACCAUAAAUUUUUUUGAUAAUCUUUAAUAGCUCACACGAUAGGUAAACAUUCCAAAGGACAUUGCCAUGAAAAGCCAUUCAUAUCUGGAAUUUGAACACGCCUCAAAUCAGUUCUAUGGAACACCAUUACCAGCUAACAAUGGUUUGAAAUGGCUAUUUAUUUGUAGCUGACAGUGUAAAAGUGCUUCUCUUUCUCCGGAUGAACAGAACCUGCAGAACUUACCAGUGAUUCACAUUAACAGGAGACCAUCAUCACCACCAUAGCGAUGUUGACCAUAUCUCUGCUGCUCUGUGCUGUCGUUGCUAUGAAUGGAGCAACAGGAGCUAAGGGGGAAGAGGAGGGAGUAGUGGCAGCAGAGAACAGGAACCAAUGCCCCACAGGCUGGUUCCAAUUUGGAUCGCGCUGCUUCAUGUUCGUCGAGACUGCAAGGUCAUGGCCCCUAGCAGAGCGCCACUGUGUGUCCCUUGGAGCAAACCUGGCGUCUGUGCACAGCUCUGCGGAGUAUCAAUUUCUACAGGCAAUUGCGGGGUGCAAGACUGGCGGUUCAUCAACUCCCUGGAUAGGAGGAUUUGAUGCUGUUCAGGACAGACUAUGGUUUUGGAGUGACGGCUCUGAAUUUGAUUACCAGAACUGGAAGAAAGGAGAGCCCAAUAAUAGCGGUGGCAGAGAGCCAUGUUUAGUGAUUAACUGGGAAGGUAAAUAUGGCUGGAACGAUAUAAACUGCGGCAACAGAUUUCCCUCGGUGUGCUCCAAAAGAAUCUGUGAAAUCCAGAAAAACUGAAACCAACAAUGAUACUCCAUAGUGCUAACACCCAACUGAACAGUCUUUAUGGUAAAGUCAAAUAUUCAGUAAAGAUUAUUUGUACUUGUUUUGUUGUUUAUUGUCAAUAAAACGGGAGUAGACAUUG